AUGUAUUUCAGAAAUUCCUCACAACAGUCUAUGAAGUUUACACAUCAGUGUGACAAACAAAUACCCAGUGAGCUGAAGUCCUUGGGUGGGCCAACUAUUUGGACUGCUACAUUAAAACUGUCCCUACUUCUGCCUCUGAAACAAGCCUCAGACACUGGAACUGUGAAGUUAAUCAUCACAGUAAGGAUGAUGACUAGCUGGGCCGGACUUCUCUUACUGUCACUGUGCAUGGUCACUUCCCUGGUCAGGAUGAAGGCUUCGACGGUUGCAGAUGGCACAGACUGCACAGCAAUUAAAAAAAAAUCCCCAUAUGCAUCAAGUGGUGUCUAUAACAUUCAGCCAUCUGGAAGCCGAAAACCUUUCCAGGUUUACUGUUUGAUGCAACAGGAUGGAGGCUGGACUGUUAUCCAGAGGAGGUCUGGUGGAAAAGUUUCCUUUGAAAGGAACUGGAAAGACUAUAAGAACGGAUUUGGAAAUGUUCGCUAUGACCACUGGCUGGGCCUCGCCAAGAUAUGGGCUCUAACCAAAAACAAGAAUCAUAAAGCAACACUCAGAGUAGGCCUGUGGGACUUCGAAGGAAAUUCUGUCUAUGCGAAUUACCAAAAUUUUUGGAUCGGCAGUGAGAAAACAGCUUACCGGCUUCAUGUUGGGAAAUACACGGGCACUGCAGGUGAUGCUAUCCGUGGGGCAUAUGCAGGCAUUGACCAGAAUGGCUAUGGUUUCACUACAAAUGACAGUGACAAUGAUGGCUGCUCCCCAUGCAUUUUUGGAGAUAUUGCAGUUAAUAGCUGCAGCACUCAAAAAGGUGGAGGUUGGUGGUUCAGUCGGUGUGGCUCAGCUAACCUGCAUGGAAUUUGGCAUUCUGAGGGAAAUAAUCGGGGAUGGGCAUCUGGUCUCCACUGGCACACCUGGAAAUCCCCUGAGCCAUACUCAGCUAAGAGAACACGCAUGAUGAUCAAGAUCAUUCAGUAGUCAUAGGUUUGUGCUUCUACAGCAAGCAACAAAAUGAUGUGUUGCUUUUUAUUUUUUAACACACAAUAAACAUACACCAAUUUCAUUAGUCUAUAUUAUCUCAGUUUGCAUGGGUUUCCUCCAAGUUCACCAGUUUCCUUUUACGGUCCAUAAACAUGAAUGUAGGCUAACUGGCUAUAGAAAAUUCCCCAGAGAUGAAACUAGUGUGUGAAUAUUUGUGUGUUCUGCAAAGGACUGGUGUCAUCUCCUGAUCCAUCACCAGUAUAAUACGGUUAUUAAGCAUGGAUAAAUGACUAUUUACAUAUUAAUCACUAUUUACAUUGUUUACUAAACUGGUUUCUGUUUAAAAUGAUAAAUGUUGGCUAUAUUCAAUACACUUCAGGACUUCGACAUCCUAAUUCCAUUUUAUGUUUCAAAUGAGUGGAGUUGAUGAAAUAUUUCUUUACCAUUGUUCAUGGAAUAAAUGCUGUGUUUCACUAAGCUGUAUGACUAACACUGAGCUUUACUUUAGAUAAGAACUAGAUCCUUUUUUAAGGUCCAGUUAUGUCCAGUUAUUGUGGGAGAAAACAUGCCAAACACACAUACUUAGAUAUCACCAUACUUAGACAUUCAGUUAGUUUAGUAACAACAGUUACUAAUGGGUACCUUUAUUAUGCUUUUUUUUUGUAUGAAAAUGCUUGCUUUUGAUAAUGUUCUGUUAUUAUGAAGAGGCAAAUAAUAAAAUGCUUUCAAGGC